CUAUCCUGUGGGCUGGCCCCGGGCAGCAGGCUCAGGCACCACAAGGGAUACAAGGGAGGUGGCACCUCCCUGCCCAGCCUUUUCCCCUGCAGAUGACUGUGCCACACUAGAAGAGCUUAUAACUGUUGCCAUCACAGUGUGUGUUCCUGGCCUGUUGGACUUGUGUCUCCACCCACCUCCGCCCCAGCAGGGCUAGGGAUAGAACCCAGGGCCUUUUGCGUGUUCUGCAGAUAGUUUUCAGCCUGGUAGUUUGGGAUUGGCUGGGAGAUUUUUUUUUCUUCACACCAAAGACUUCCAUUAUUGAGGAUUUUUUCAGUUGAUGAUCUCCCCCUCUGUAAGAUAAGGGACAGUUCUUUAAACCUAUGUAGAGUUUUGAUGAAUUCUGCUUCUCAACCAUAUUGCUAAGCUAUAUAGCAAUUCCUUGAAAUUGCUAUAUAACUUAGGAGAACCUCUGAUUCUCCUGCCUCUACAUCCUGAGUGCUAGGUGUACAGGGGGAAAUCAUUUUGGUGAGACUCCAAUGAACUACUGCCAGGUUCCCAAGGCAGCAAGCAAGAAAAAGUGUUGAAAUCAAAGAAGCAGGUGGUAGUGUGCCAGGCGGCAGCCCUGAAGACGCAGCUUUCCAGGCCCCUCUGGCUCAGGAAUCCUGUUGCAAGUUCCCAUCAUCCCAGGAGGCAGAGGAGGCCUCCAGCUGCCCUCGGAAGAAAGACUCCAGCCCCAUGGUGAUUUGUCAGCUGAAAGGAGGCGCCCAGAUGCUCUGCAUAGACAACUGUGGCGCGAGGGAGCUCAAAGCGCUCCAUCUGCUUCCUCAGUACGAUGACCAGAGCAGUUUCCCUCAGUCAGAGCUCCCUAAGCCAAUGACAACUUUAGUGGGAAGACUUCUGCCAGUACCAGCGAAGUUAAAUCUCAUCACACAGGUUGAUAAUGGAGCUCUCCCAUCAGCUGUCAAUGGGGCUGCCUUUCCCUCUGGACCUGCUCUGCAAGGGCCACCCAAAAUAACUCUGUCUGGGUACUGUGACUGCUUCUCCAGCGGGGACUUCUGCAACAGCUGCAGCUGCAACAACCUGCGCCAUGAGCUCGAGCGCUUCAAAGCCAUAAAGGCGUGUCUUGAUAGAAAUCCUGAAGCUUUCCAACCAAAAAUGGGGAAAGGCCGUCUGGGAGCUGCUAAACUUCGACACAGCAAAGGGUGCAACUGUAAGCGCUCAGGCUGCCUGAAGAACUACUGUGAGUGCUAUGAGGCCAAAAUCAUGUGUUCUUCCAUUUGCAAAUGCAUUGCUUGCAAAAACUAUGAAGAAAGUCCAGAACGAAAAAUGCUGAUGAGCACACCCCACUACAUGGAGCCUGGGGACUUUGAGAGCAGCCAUUAUUUGUCCCCAGCCAAGUUCUCAGGACCUCCAAAACUGAGAAAAAAUAGGCAGGCCUUCUCCUGUAUCUCCUGGGAAGUAGUGGAGGCCACAUGUGCCUGCCUGCUGGCCCAGGGUGAGGAAGCAGAGCAGGAGCACUGUUCCCCAAGCUUGGCUGAGCAGAUGAUCCUGGAGGAGUUUGGAAGGUGCCUGUCGCAGAUUCUCCACAUCGAGUUCAAGUCCAAGGGGCUGAAAAUUGAGUAGCGUGCAAGCUGGUAAAGGGGAAUGCCUGUGGCAAGCCUCAGCCCUGGGAAUCUGCACCGAGGAAGCUGGUGCCCAGGGAGGAGCAGAGGCCGCGCAUCAUGGCCAGGUCAGCUGUGAGGUCUGAGUGAUCUGCAUGGUACUGGCCAGCCUACUCAAGGUAUCCUAAAGUGCAAGCAGGCAGAGCCACCCUGGGGAUGGACACUGGCCCUCCUGUCCCUGGGGAGGCCCUCUGGGGACUCCCUGCCCUGCAUAAAAAGAGGGUGAUUUUCUACUUGUUGUUAUGUGUUUGCUUUCAAAUUGCUUAGUAGUACCUCCAUUCAAGUUAUUAUGAGCCAGCCUCAAGUUAGAGAGCUAGGCUCUUCUUCAGGUGGACUCUGCCCAAAUCACAUACAAGUCAGGUGGCCAUCAGGGGUCUUCCAGGCCAGGCCUGUGACAGGAGAUAUGGGAGGGGGGUCGGGUUAGAGCUGGGUUUGUUUGGAUUUUUUGCGUUUUUUUCUUCCUGUAUUUCUGCUUGAAGUGAGAAAACUUGUCUCCUGUCCAACCCUCUUCUCCAUAAUUACUGCUGCACGGUCGCCUGCUGACCAGUCACAGUGACCUCAGACACCAGAAGGUGAGGUGGCUUAUUAUGCCCACACUUUGUGUUUUGUUGUGAGAAUAAACCUUUCCAGACUCCCAGUUGGUUAGUAGCUGAAAAUAUAUUUGUCUCAGUACCC